CCUCCGGCCAAUAUCAAAUUUAAGCUUAAGGGAACAACUUCAGAUUGGGAUAUAUGAGGGUAAUGCGAAAUGAGGUGCAGCAUUAGACUGGCAUAUCUUUUCCUGUAUAAUCUGCUACAGUUCUGCGGGCAUACAUGGAUAUUUGCCAAUAUGACAGCCCGAUUCUUUUCAUUUGGGGGAGAUGCCCUUGCUGACACCUUCUACUCCGUCGGGGUUGUGAUGAGCCUGUGUCAGCUGCUGUCAGUGCUGGAGUUGUUUCAUAUCGCAGACGGCAUUGAGAAAGGACUGCUUCUGCCCCGGUUUAUUCAGGUUACGGAGAGGAAUUUUGUUUUGUUUGUGGUGAUCAUCAGUCAAGAGGAAGUUCAAAGUAAAUCUAUAGUGUGUAUACAGUUUUACCUGUGGAAUACUCUGGACCUGUUACGGUACCCCUAUGGACUCCUGGCACUUAUCAGCACUCCUUCAUUUGACAUGAUGUGGGCACAUCACUCCCUCUGGAUCCCGGUCUAUCCCCUCUCCGUGCUGGCAGAAGGGGUCACCAUUUACCAGUCUUUGCCCUACUUUGAAUCCCUGAGAACAUUUUCAUUUCAACUGGUGAUGCCUGUGUCCAUAUACAUCCAUUUCCCAUAUGUACUCAGAGGAUACUUGCCCCUGCUUGCCAUUGGGGCCUGUUUCACUAUGUGGCAGCUGUUGAAAGACAGAAGACAGCAGCUGGAUAACUGGAGCAAAAAAAUUAAAAGGAAAUGAGUCAUAGAGAUGAGCACGGCGAAGAACUUACCUGGAAGACACUGGAGGCAGACUUACAAGCCUUAUCUGCGGAAGCACAAAAAUGCACACACGCACAUGCACACAGACACACACGUGUGUGUGUGUGUGAGGGAGUAGUAUUUAUGUAUACAUAUUUCUUUCUUGAAGCAGUUCUAUACAUUCUGGAAUUUUUAAUCAACACCUUUUAUUACCUUGGAAUGGGAUGCUGUUCAAACCGGUGGCACUCCUCUUCAGCACAGACAGAGGUGCGAGGCAGUGGGACAGAUCCAGAGCCUGGACCAUCGAGCGCACACGUCGUACGAACACACGCGAGACAAAGGAUGUUUGUGCUUGUGGAAUUCUUUUCUCAUUCGGUCACGAUGUUCGGAUGCACUGGCGUGUGGAGUGGAAAACACAUCAGGAGCCAAGACCCAAGCCACGCCUGCCGAGCCGAGAGCUCCAAAAUGUGAGAGUUCAGGGCCAGCUCCUCUCUGUCCAUUAAUGAAGAGUCUGCAAAGAUGAGAGUGCCGCUUCCUGUUUUACUUGUCACAUUCUCACAAUGUUGUUGUAACAUUGUAAUGACAUGGUAACGCUACAGUGAUGUUGUUACAGGACUGUUGUUUAACGUUCGGUUAGGACAUCAGAACAGCAGCACAGAGUAAUAAAUGUUACAGGCUGUCAGGACUUACAUCAUCUGUUGGCAGGCUUUCCAUUAAGGCUAGGGGAAACAGCGGAAAUGAACUUCCACUGCAGAAAGUGCUGCUGGGUACAAUUCCUAUAAAAGGCAUCACUGUGGACUGAACGGGGAAGAGG